UCGAUUCCUAGCCCUGGAGUGAGUGAGGGGUGAUUUGGAUGGAAAUGAAGGCGGUGGUGUCUUGUAUCGGAUUUUUGCUAAUGUUUGCGUGGCUUUCUCCAAGCCAAGCACUUUAUUUCCACAUCGGAGAGACAGAGAAGAAAUGCUUCAUAGAAGAAAUACCCGAUGAAACCAUGGUGAUCGGAAAAUACAGAACACAACUUUGGGACAAACAGGCUGGCGCUUUUCUCCCAUCCACCCCUGGUUUAGGCAUGCAUGUGGAAAUCAAAGAUCCUGAUUCGAAGAUAAUUCUGUCUCGUCAGUAUGGCUCAGAUGGCCGCUUUACCUUCACAUCCCACACACCAGGCGAGCAUCAAAUUUGCCUUCACUCCAACUCCACCAAGAUGGUGCUGUUUACUGGUGGAAAACUGAGGGUGUACCUGGACAUUCAAGUUGGUGAGCACACCAACAACUAUCCAGAGAUCGCCGCCAAAGACAAGCUGACUGAGCUGCAGCUGAGAGUCAGACAGCUUCUGGACCAGGUGGAACAAAUCCAGAAAGAGCAGAACUAUCAGAGGUACCGUGAGGAACGUUUCAGAAUGACCAGCGAGAGCACGAACCAGCGCGUUCUCUGGUGGUCUAUCGCUCAGACCAUCAUCCUCAUCAUCACCGGCAUCUGGCAAAUGAGACAUCUCAAGAGCUUCUUUGAGGCCAAAAAGCUGGUCUGAAGAACAGACAGGCCUACAGAGAUGCUAGCUCGAGCAUGGAAAUACUCAAUGCUUCAUUCCAGCAUUUAUUUCUAACUAUUCAGUUUGGUCCAACUUUAGCUUAAGCAGAUAAAUUCAGAGAUUUCAUAACACAAAAGGACUUUUAGAUGCAAGAAGUUGUAUUUAGUCUUAAAUGUGCAGAAUAUUAAAUGGAUAGUUCACCUAAAAAUUAAUUACUCACCCUCAUGCUGUUCCAAACACGUAUGACUUUCUUUCUUGCGUGGAACACUAAAGGACAUGCUAGGCACAAUGUUAGCCUCAGUCACCAUUCACUUUCAUUGUAUGGAAAAAUAAUGCAGAUGGAACAACAUGAGGGUGAGUGAAUGAUGACUAUUUAUUUAACCCCCCUUGUUACAUGGCUUUAUUCUGCUGUAUCCUACUGUAUGUAAGUAUUAACCCUUAAAACCUAAUGACCAUUUAUCAUGAAUUAAUCAUGAUCAUAAUUGCUUAUACUUUAGGAUGUUGCAUCAAGUCUUCAUAUUACUUAAACAUCUGAUAUGAGAAGGAAAAGAAUGUUAUUCCUUUAAAGUGAUGAUUGUUAUGGGUGCAUGGAAAUUACUGUUGACUUUUCAGAUUUUAUAACAAAAAAAUGUGAAGAAUCAAGCCAGCUAAUCAUUUCAACAUUUCUGCCCUUUUUACAUACUGUAUGUAUUUAUUGAGGUAUAUUGAAAUCUGUGGCUUUGUUUUCACACCCUCUGCUAUUUUGUCUUUAAAACAUUUAUAUACUUUGAAAUAGGCUUGAUAUCCUAUAUAAGUAGUUUUAUAUCCUGACCAUAACUGAUUCUAACUGAAAUUUGUAACAGUUCUGACCAAGAAUAAAUGCAUAUUUUUGGAAUUGUUUUUAAUUUAACAGGGUUUACUAAAUCUAAAAGAACCAUUUCUGUUAUAAAUGUACUGUUUCUUACUUUGUGAUUUAUUUAUUUACUGAAUGGACCACCGGUAUGAAAUAUAAUUUCAAUAGACUCAAUAAGCAGGAUGUGUUGAAAAAUAAAUGUAAAAUGUUUUCAGGGUUUAUCUUCAAUCCCAAGACUGUUGUUUAUAGAAUCUUUAGAAAUGUUUGUACUGAUUUCUUGAAAUCAAGUUUAAUUCUUAAAAAGUUAAUUCACCCAAAAAUGAAAAUUGUCUCAUCAUUUACUCACCCUGUAUUUACUCACAAAUGCAUCAUUUAUGCCAUUCCAGAUGUGUAUGCUUUUCUUUCUUCUCUGUAGGUCCAUACAAUGCAACUGAAUAGUGGCCAGAACAUUGAAGGUCCAAAAAGCACAUAAA